GACUUUGGCCAGACCUUUCAGGAAGGUGAAAGUAACGUAAAUACUAUUCAUUUUAUGAACUUACGUCAGCUUUUCCCGCGAACAAAUCAACUUUCAACGUUUGUAAACUGGAUAUAUGUUUUCAACUGAAACCGAAGAAUGAUUUGGAGAACAUUGCUGUUGUUAUUUAUAGUUUAAAUGUAUGUGUCGAUUACUUUGUUUAAACCACACCCAUACAACAGUUUUUAACAGGUGAGGUCACGUCAGCUGCUGUCACAAAACCGUGUAUUGUACAUCGACAGGACACUCUGGAUGUCAUGGCCGUUCCUUUGCCAAAUGACAGCAGUAAUGCAGCAUUUAGCUGGUUUACAGAAUACCAGCGCAGCUGCAUUUUGGAGAAUGGAGUUGUUCCAGAAUGGUUUCAUGGCAUAAUAUCCAGAAAAGCUGCAGAGGAAAUGCUGAUGUGCAAACCGCCUGGUUACUUCCUCAUUCGUGUUAGCGAAAGCAGAGUGGGUUAUACAUUAUCUUAUCGAGCUGAAGAUCGAUGCCGACACUUUAUGAUCAACGUAUUGCCAGAUAACCAGUUUAUUAUAGUGGGAGAAAAGACGGUCUAUUGUUCCCUUCAUGACUUGGUGGCUUUCCAUCGCAGAUGCCCCAUUCUCCCCUACAAUGAAUUACUCACUGUGGCCUGUGAACAGGGUGGCAAAACCAACUAUGUUGAGCUGUUAUUUCCUCAAAAGAAAGACUUAAGCCAUAGACAGGUUGAAUGGAUAAGUUCUUCAACAGAAGCAAAUACACUUCAAUCAAAUAUCUCUGAAGAAAACCAGACGUCGCAGCUUCAAAACAAUUCUACAAGUCAUCCUGCGAGACUAUAUCCCAGCUUGGAGACAGAAGUGAGCGCUUUGAAUAUACACAGCAUGGAUCAGCCAACAAAGCCAGUUCCAAAGCCUAGAACCGUAUUUGCUUCUAAAACUCCAACUGAAGAAACACCACCACAGUUACCGCCUAGAAUGCGCUUGCCAAGCCGCUUACAAACAACCACAGAGGACAGAUCGCAAGGGUUGAUGCCAGUAAACCCUGACAGACAGCAAAUCACACCAAACACACCCAGUGAAGGCCGUACCCAACAGAAAAGCCAGCAACAGAAACCUGUGGUCCUGAGCCUGGUGCACAUCAAGAAAAAGCUGAAAAAGAAGCGCUCUGAAGAUCACACAUAUGAGGAGAUCGCUGGCGGUUUGUUUCAGAAAGAUGCCACUUCUGUUUUGGAGAACAGUAACACUAACGUUGAAGGACUAGUGGAAAAUGACUAUCAGGAGUUAGCUGUACAUCCGAUAACUGAUGGUAUUCCCAAAUCCAGUGAUGGAAUCUUACCAUCAGAGUACCGACAUCCACCGCCUUUUGCACCUGGUUACUAGAUAAAAACACAAACAAUGCCUUUUAUUGUUCUUUGUUGGGUUGUUAUUUUUAAACACGCUGCAUUUCAAUUUUGUUUAACGUGUCACCUGGAAAAACCUGUCUGGCAUGGUUAAAAAUCAUCAUAUAAUAGGAACAGUAUGUGCCUACGGGCAUGAAUUUGAAUACUUUUAACUUCCUAAAAUUAAGCAUUUUAUAUUUUGGGAGAUUUUAAAAUACUCUGUAAAUAUUUGCUUUGUAUUGCAGUUGACCAAAAAUUGUACAGAUAAUCUAAAAGAGAUAAGGAUUUCCUCCAUGUAUCCUAGAUUGUGAUAGUUUUAUGGUUUAUGAUGGUUCAGCGGGUUUUCCAUUUAUAGGUCUUCCGUGUGCUCUUUACAUGCUGGGCUGUUUCAACUUAAGUAAAAUAUGGACCAGCUCACCCACUGGGUUAAAAAUUGUAUCCAAAUUUGUGAUGAAACAUUCAUUCAUUUAUUUUCUUUCGGCUGAGUCCCUUUAGUAAUCCGGGGUCACCACAGCGGAAUGAACGGCCAACUUAUCCAGCACGUUUCACGCAUCAGAUGCCCUUCCAGCCGCAACCCAUUUCUGGGAAACAUCCAUACACACUCAUUCACGCACAUACAAUGUAGCCUACUCAAUUCACCUGUACCGCAUGUCUUUGGACUGUGGGGGAAACCAGAGCACCUGGAGGAAACCCACGCGAGCACAGCGAGAACAUGCAAACUCCACACAGAAACACCAACUGACCCAGCCGAUGUUCGAAUCAGCGACCUCCUUGCUGUGAGGCGACUGCACUACCUACUGCGCCACUGCGUCGCCUGUGUUGUAACAGUCUAGAAUAUUCAGACUGUAAGUCUUGGCUGGUAACAAGUGGCAAGAAGAUAUCUCCACACCAGUACACCAUCUCCUUAAUCUAUGAUACAGGGCAAAAUGGAUCCAUGCUUUCAUGCCAAAUCAAGACUCAUUACAGGUGACCCUAUUCCAAUCUUCUAUUGUCCAGUUUUGGUGAUAACAUGUGAAUUGUAAGCCUCAGUUUGUGUUUUUCUGCUGCUGUAGCUCAUCUGCUUCAAUGUUUGAUGAAUUGUGUGUCCAUAAAUGCUCUUCAUUUGUAA